AUGAGUUACAAGCAGGCGUGGCGGCUGCGUGAGGCAAUCCAGAAGGAAAUGUACGGGGACUGGCAAGAGUCGUUCAGAUUGCUCCCGACGUUGGCUGCAAGGUUCCAAGAGAACGAUCCAGCUGGAAAGUUCAAGAUUCAGAGGGUCAACGGAUGCUUUCACCGGAUGUACAUUCAGCCGUCUGCAUCCCGCGGUGCGCUUGGUUUUUGCCGCCCCGUUGUUGCACUAGACGGGACCUUCCUAAUUAGUGCUCAACGCGCAACCCUGCUCAUUGCCGUGGUCCUCGACGGUAAUCAGAAGAUUCUGAUCCUGGCGUGGGCUCUGGUCGAAGGAGAGAACAAAGAUUUGUGGACCUGGUUCCUGCAACACUUUUUGGGGAGCUUCUCGGAGUGGCCGCACCGUCAAGAUGCAUCCAUCAUCGGCAAUCGCGACAAGGGCCUGGUUCCUGCUGCACGAGAUGUACUCCUGGUUGGCAUACCUCACUACUUUUGUGCUUGGCAUCUCUAUGAGAAUGUUGUGAAAAUCGGAGAGGCUGCUGCUCUUUUCUAUUGGCGUCUUGUGAAGUGCAGAGACGUCGACAAAUGGGACGCAUUGGUUGCAGCAUGCCGCCGUGACUUCAAGGAAAUGGCGAAUUAUCUCCUCGGCGUCGAGAAGCCGAUCUUGGAUCCACCACCGGCAGAUGCUGCUGAGCAGCAACGGCCCGCUCCCACUACAGCAGCCGAAGUACGUCAACAAGCAGUAGAGAACUAUUGCCAGGGUCGUGAAGCAGCGCGUGCCGCCAUGGGUCGUGCCACCACAUCAUGUGCACAUGGGCGUGGGGCGGGUGACACGAGCGAGCUGGGAGCCACAGCGUCCGAACCAGGGCCUGCACCUACUGCAAGCACUUUUGCCCCAACAACUCCAUCGGCUGAGCCCCCUACCACAACCGAGUUGCCCAGUCGUCCCUCAUGCUUGACUCAUGCAGCUUCACGUCCAUUCGACUAUGCUCUCAUCCUGCAACGCGUUAGGACAGGUUACAUCCCCAGCAACAUCCGGACGGAUGCGCCACGUGCAACAGGAUCAAGCGGAAACUCGGGCCAGGGUGGAGAUGAGCAGUCUAGGGGAAAUACCUGCCAGGCAUUGGUCAUAGUCACUCUGGAUCAUCCGUGGCCAAAUGUCGGUAGUGGCAACCCCCGUGUUAGGGUUGAAGCCGACGCUGAGGAGGACGAUGAGGAGGAGGCGGAUGCAGAGGAGGCAGAGGCAGAUGAUGCGGAUGACCCAGCCCCAGCAGAGGGGAACAAGGCGGGGGCAGACAAGGACGCCGACGAUAACACGCCCGAGGCCGGUGUCGCGGAAGGGAACCAUACUACACGCGUGAGGACAGGGUUUAGGCAGAUCAAGCGUGCAGAGCAGGUCAACAGCUCAAUCGUGCUCAUUCGUCGCUUGCCGUUCACCCCUCUGCUAGGGGGUCUCAUAGACUGGUAUCGGGAUAGGUAUUGUGAACGCGAAAUGGCUGCGCGGGAGAGAACUGCUCUACUGACGGAAGCGGCAGAGGAGCGGAUGGUGUUAAAGGAGACCCGGGCGGAGGGGUACGAGCUAUUGGGCGGGGAUCUUGAGGAAGGUACCAUCCAGACCAGGGACACCGACGAUCCCAAGGAGUGGAGGUCCUUCAACGUCAACAUCAACAUCAAAGUGAGGACAUGCAACUGCUCAAACUGGGGCCAGUACCAGUUCCCGUGCUCCCAUGCCUUGGUCUUUGCUCUAAGGCGAGAGCUAGACCCUUGCACCCUCGUCUCCGACUUCUACACCACAAAGAACUGGGCGGAGACGUAUUCUUCAACGGUGAAGGGUUCCUGUGUGGACUGCAUCGUCCUUGGGAGGAAGCUGGCCGCACCAAGUGAGUGCGAUGCUCCACCCUUUUGA